AAUGGAGUCACACAUCUCCCAAGCCUUCCAGGAAGAACUCACCUGCUUCAUCUGCCUGAACUGCCUCAUAGACCCAGUCACCAUAAGCUGUGGCCACAGCUUCUGCCGGGCAUGCCUCUUCCUUUUGCAGGAAGACAUCGAAGUUCCCGUCCAUUGCCCUAUGUGUAGGGCACCGUUCUGCCAGACAGACUUCAGAACCAACAUUGUUCUGAAGAAGCUAGCGUCCGUUGCCAGACGAGCCAGCCUCUUGAAGUCCCUCAGAGAGGAGCACAGGUGUGCGACCCACAAGGAGACAAAGAGGAUGUUCUGUGUGGAGGAGAGGCUCUACCUCUGUCAGCGCUGCUCUGCCUCCCCUGAGCACAGUGCUCACACACACUGUGCCAUUGAAACAGCUGCUGAGGGCCAAAUGGAGAAACUUCUUAAGCAAAUGGUAUCUGUAUGGGAGAAGAUCCAAGAAAAUCAGAAGAAUCUAGAGGCAAUGAAUACUAUGAUAAAUCAGUGGCAAGAGUACUUGACCCAGCGGGAAGAAAUGAUCAGGACAGAGUACAGGACAUGGGAACCAGUCCCCCGUAAAGAGGAAGAGCAGCACAUCGAAAGUAUGAAAAAGGAAGGCCACUGUGUUUGUGAGAAACUUCGGGAAAGGAGAGCCAUGAUGAUCGUGAAAAGCAAUGAACUUAAAGAAAUGUAUCAGCAGCUGAUUGCAAUGUCCCAGGAACAACACUUGCUCCUGCUGCAGGAUUUGGAUGACAUGUUCCAAAAGAAUGAGUCACUGCAAUUGAGCAUGCCCCAGGCUAUGAAACCAGAACUCAGUGCCCGACCCAUCACUGGACUGACUGAAAAGUUCCAGUCCUUCCUAGGAAAAGUUCACUUUUGGAAAAAAGCCUCCACUACUUGCAAGACGAAUUUAUUUAAUGUCAUGAGACAAAUCUGCUUCGGACCUCAACAUGAGAAUCCAUCUGUGGAUCUUCUUAGAUGCUGUAUUUCCUCCUGGGGAUCAGAGGGGUACAGCUCAGGGAAAUAUUAUUGGGAGGUGGUAGUGAAGGACUCUUGGGACUGGGCUGUAGGAGUCUCUAUAGGUUCCUUUCUUGGUCAGAGAAACCCAUGUUUUAAAUCUGAGGUUAAACUUCUUGUGUGUGUGAAUGAGGGUGAUCAUUAUAAUCUCCUCACCACAUGGCCAAUUAUGCAUCUCUGUAUAGAGAAGCCAGUGGGCCAGGUCGGUGUGCUCCUUGAUUGUGAUGAUAGAUGUUUAAGUUUCCUGGAUGUUGCCAAGAAUUCCCUCAUAUUUAAGUUUCCUCCUGGAUCCAUCAGUUUACCUGUCCAGCCUUUCUUCUGCACUGGCAAGACAAUAUAA